AGGGCGUGGUUCCAAUGACCAUCAUCAAGCGACAGUGCAUGUGAGAGAAAAAUGCGUCUCGUUCUGCCGGUGGUUCUCCUGGGAGUAGCCGUACUUGCCAUGAGCCAGAAGAAGAGAGAGGGUGGCUACGCCGACAGCUGGGCGGUAGAGGUGCGCGGAGGAGAAACGAAGGCCAGAGAACUGGCCGACAAACACGGCUUUGUGUACCGGGGGAAAGUGGGGAGCCUGAAGGACAUGUACCACUUCGAGUUGCCGGAUAACGGCGGAGAGCACUCUCCGCACAAGACCCGGGCGCUGGAGGCCGAGGACAUGGUGCACUAUGUGGAGCAGCAAAUCUACCGACAAAUGGCCAAGAAACGGCCUUUCUGAUGUUCAUAUCUCACAGACUUUUGUCUCAGACAUACUACUGCGCAACACAAUACUGUUUUUUUUCAUGUCAGAGUAGCAAAUAUUAAUGUAUAAUACCCCAAUCACUGUUAAAAGAAGUUAUAGAAUUGGAAAUUGUAGGGUUUAGAAUCGUGAAGCGGGAUUCUUCACUUUUUCUCGGCCUUGUUGCACUCAUCCCUGAUUCUGAGGUAGUCGUCGACGUUCUCCACGGAACCGAUGAAGAUGGGUGCUCGCUGGUGGAUGUCCGUCGGUUG